GAUUUAUUUCAAUGUGUGCUCCUGCAAGUUAAAGUGUUUGUGUUUUCAUUUCAAACCGUGCAUCGCUUUUGUGUUGAUUAAUUUUAACUUUGUUAAAUUGAACGAACGAUGCACCAGUCUAUCUUAAGAGUUCUCGUUCUAUCCAGUUUGGUGUGUUUUUGUGCAUGCCUCCACGUCGCCUAUGACCUUAAUGGAUGGAAGGCGGUGCCACUUGACAACAGGAGAGUUGUUGAUUCAAUGAUACUAGCCGCUGCGCACCUUGGGGGAGAAAUGAGAGAACCUGUGACUGCCUUUAAAUGGAGCGAAGGCUCACCAGACUGGGAUUUGUACCGAGUGUCAUUCAAAGGUAUAUUUCUACAGGGAAAAGGUUAUGAAUGCCAUGCAGAUGCGGUUUGGAUAACUAAUCCAGCCAAUACAACUGUGUUCAAUACAGGCGGCAUUCCGAUACCUUUAAACCAGAAUUUACGGGUGGUUUAGCUCGGUGUAAAAUGCGUUUCAACUCGUGGAGUUCAUGUGGGCAGAUUACUGUUAAAAUCCUGAAAUACGAAUGGAAAACAAACAUUGUUAUGAAAAUUGAAUCAUCGUGUAGAUAUAAAAUAAAUGUUAAUAAACCUCAAGUAUAUCAUUUUA